GGGCCGCGCGGAGCCAGCGCAGCCAGGGAUGUGAAACUUGUCCCGGAUAUUUACCUAACUAUACCUGGCUUUCCCGACGCGCCCCGUCCCGACGUCUUCACGGCGGACUGGCUGAAGUACAUGCGCCGCGUUUGAAGCGGGACUUCCGAGAAACUGUGCGAGACAGGCCGGCCAGAUCUGCUCAGCUGGAAAUUCAAGACAGGACACAUCUGCCUGCAAAAGGCGGAGAGAUGGAGAGGGAGAGCAGCAGGGAAGGGAAGGGACAUGUUCAGACCCAGGCCAAGUCCCCUCCCAGCGACGAUCUGAGGUCCAGGUGUUUGUCUUGAGAGGAAAAGCAGAGUUACCGUAGUAACAGACAUGCCAAAACCGGACCUGCUCUGCCUGGUUGAGCUGCUGGACGGCACCAUCGAGACCUUCAGAGUCAGCAAGCAGGAUGAAGGCGUGGUUCUGUUGAACCUGGUAUGUAACCACCUGGGCCUGCAGGAGAGGCAGCUCUUCAGUCUGCAGAUCAGAGAAUCCAGCACAGCCAUCGCCUCUAUCACAGCCAACACACAUUCCCCUAGGUGGUUGGAGCCUGAGAAACCAUUGAAGAAGCAGAUAAAAGGACUUGCGUCCCCUUUUUAUCUGAACUUCAGAGUACGAUUCUUCAUAUCUGAUCCCAACUCUCUGCAGCAUGAGCAGACAAGGCACCUUUACUUCCUCCAGAUCAGAAGUGACAUUAGAGAAGGACGGUUGCAGUGCCCGCUGAAUGCAGCUGUGGUGAUGGCUUCUUAUGCUGUGCAGUCGGAGAUGGGGGAUCACUGUCCAACCCAACUCUCUGGUUACCUUUCAAAGUGCCACUUCAUCCCUGAACAGGAUGAAGAUUUCCUUUCUAAAGUGGAAGAUCUCCAUCCACAGCACAAGAGCCUUAAGCAGAGUGAGGCAGAGCUGUGUUUUCUAAACACAGCACGGACACUGGAGUUGUAUGGAGUGGAGCUACAUGCCGCCAUGGACACUAACAAUGCACCUCUGAUGGUGGGUUUGGCCUCAAGUGGUGUUGCCGUAUUCUGCAGUAUGGUUUGUUCCAGUUUCUUCCCUUGGGGGAACAUCAUCAAGAUUUCAUUUAAGAGAAAACGCUUUCUCAUACACCUGAAACGUAAACACGGGGAGACCCAAGAUUGUGAGGUGUCUCUUAUCCUUCCCUGCCCCAGGACUUGUAAGAACCUUUGGCGGUCUUGUGUGGAUCACCAUUCCUUCUUCUCCUCCAGCCGCAUUGGAAAAGGCGCUACACACAUUAACAGCACAGUUCAGUCCUACAAAAAGAUAAUAACACAACAUUUGGGCCUCGGCCACAGUAAAUCAGAGACUGGUCCGGUGUGCCAACGCGUGGUUGGAGGGAUGGUAUGGAACCCGGUCCUGCGGAAGUCACUUUCACUGGAGCAACUUGAGACAAAGAGUCUACCCUCCAGAUCGCCCCCAUCCACCCCCAACUGGCGAAGUUCCCGAGUUCGGCACAGGAUCCAUAAAGCUCGUCGUCCGUCCUCUGUGGAGUUUGUCACUGAGCUGAAAGACGUACCUGAGGGGGAGGAUGUCUUCUACACGUACAGAGUAUCUGUGAGCAGUAACAAGGACAGUGAGGGGGACAGCGCAUCUCAGCACCAUGGACCAGAUGAUGCUGCAUUCCAUAAUGAUGACAGUAUUGAGGACAACCUACCCUACCAUGAUAAGGGUGACAGUGACUUGAUGCUAAUAUGUAUCACUCCAGACCAUGAAGGGAAAUUUGGUUUUAAUGUUAAAGGUGGAGCAGAUACAAAGAUGCCUCUAGCAAUAUCUUGCGUUCAACCUGACUCUCCGGCAGGUCGAGCUGAGCCCAGACUCUUAACUGGAGACGUGGUGGUGCUCAUCAACGGCCGGGACAUUUCUGAGCACACACACGAACAGGUUGUCAUGUUCAUACGAGCCAGCAGAGAGUCGCACUCCAGACAGCUAGCCCUACUUAUAAGACGUAAAGGUUCUGGCCGGGCGGCACCUGUCCUGCAGCAACCUCCCACCCUCACGCUCAACAUCCAGUCACAGGAAAAUAAGUCGCCUGGCCAGUGGGAGCGGGUCACAUCGCUGGAGGAAUCGAUGAGGCUAAUGGAGAGAGGGAUACAGUCGGGCACACUAUGUUUCCAUUUUGAGAAUUUAUACAGGAGGAAUCCUGGUUUGUCUCUAAGCUGUGCACGGCUUCCUGAGAACGUGGACAAGAAUCGAUAUAGGGAUGUUUUGCCUUAUGAUGCUACGAGAGUGGUGCUGCAGGGUGAGAUGGACUACAUCAACGCCAGCCACAUCACGGUGGCACCGCCCGUGUCUGGUGUAUGUUUACGUUACAUUGCAGCUCAGGGUCCACUGCCACAGACGUGCACUCACUUUUGGCAGACUGUGUGGGAGCAGCAGACGCACACCAUCAUCAUGCUUACAACUCUAACAGAGAGGGGACGGACCAAGUGCCACCAGUACUGGCCGCAUCCACCGGAAGUGAAGGAUUAUGGGCACAUGAGGGUGAAGUGUCACUCAGAAGAGUGUAACCUGGCAUACGUGACGCGGCAGUUCACUCUGAAACACACACAGCUGGCCGAGGAACGUGCAAUCACACACCUGCAGUAUGUUGCAUGGCCAGACCAUGGCGUACCUGACGACCCUUCAGACUUCCUGUUGUUCGUCAGCUCAGUGAGGGAGAGAAGAGGUGAAGAGCCACUAAUGGUACACUGCAGCGCCGGGAUUGGACGGACUGGUGUUCUGAUCACCAUGGAAACGGCGCUGACUCUUUUGGAUAAGGGUCGACCGGUGUUCCCGCUGGAAAUUGUCAAAGCCCUGAGAGAUCAGCGAGCUAUGAUGGUUCAGACCACGUGUCAGUUUCAGUUUGUGUGUGAGGCCAUUCUGAAAGUCUACAAAGAGAAACAGGGAAAACCGAAGACACCUUGAUCCAAAUCAGAGAUGGGGCCAGACCAGACUUCUCUUACUCAGCUCAAAGUAGACGACUUCCACAGCUACAACAGAUGAAACUGUCAAGCUUAUGGGGCUGGAGCGCAGACUGGAUAAUGAGAGUGUAACAUGCUUCAGAGCACGGCUGUCUGUGAUCUGUGAAGCUAUGUGAGCGUACAAAUCUUGCACCUAGUUGGCCUUAGUUUUUGCUGACACAGCAUUAAGCUUCUAGAGAUUGCGGUCUCCAUAGAGACUGAUGUAAGACUGACGUGAGCUGCUAAUUUCUGUACAGGAGGCCUCUCAGGAAUGACGCUUCUGCUCAUUAAGCUAUUUGUGCCUUAGACUGACAGUUCCUGGUCAAUGAAUCCAUCAGGGAAGAGUUUGAUGAGGAUUGUUGUAAUCUGUGGUUUAUCUCUUAAAAUGAGAAACAAAGAUGACUAGAUCACUACAGCAGACGCUGUAAGGUCAGGGUGGUGCUGUCUGCCAGAGCAGCGCCAAAUUCACUUUUAAAUUAUUCAGACACGAAAUAAAUUCAUUGAUUUAUA